CGCUCUGCCUCAUUCGAGCACGCGGCCAUUCACAGUUUUAAGGUCCCUCCGGUGACUCUGAAUGACGAGCAGGUGUGCUCUCCCGUCGCCUCGCGGACGCGUUUUUUGGGCUCAAGGAGCGUCUCAUUAGCGAGUUGAACUCCGACUAGAGUUCGUCGAACGAUGCUGUUGAAGUUGGAAAGUAAUGAGCGAGGAUGCUGAAGCUGCCGGGAAGCCCGCUUUGUUCGGAGGAGCGCCAGGCUUUUGUGCCGCUGUCAUCCCGCAGCUCGUGCCCUGCUGCUUUGUCUUCACUUGGCCCUCCGAUACGGACCGGGUCUGCGCCCCCUACGCCCACCCCGGGGGACCCCACUUCCCCCGGGCGCCGCCCCCCCCCGGGGGGGGGCACCACGCCGCCCCGCUGGGCGGGGCCUCCUGCGACGUGGUCUGCGUGUACGACCGGCCGCGGCCCGGCGAGAGGGUCACCCUCAUCGUGGACAGCACGCGCUUCGUGGUGGAUCCCGCCCUCUUCACCGCUCAGCCCAACCCCAUGCUGGGCAGGGAUCUGUCGGCUUCGUCCAUGAUGUUCGGUUCUGGGCGGGACAACAACUUCACCCGGCCCAAUGAAAAAGGCGAGUUUGAGGUGGCAGACGGCAUCAGCUCCACUGUCUUCAGAGCCAUCCUGGAGUUUCCCCUCAAGCUGGUGUGA